GGAGGCGAGACGGGUGAGGGUGAUGCCGCGGAGGAGGAGGAGCAUCGGGGCGUGCGGUCAAAAUCAGCAGCAGCGGGGGCAUCUGGUGAGAAGGCCACUAACGGCAAUGGUUGCAAGGACAGCAGCAGCAGGGGUAGUGGAAAAAGCGGCGGCGGUGGCGGGUCCUCAGCAGUUAGGAGGAAAGCUAGCAGCUGCAGCAGCAGCACCAUUACUAGCACCACCACUGCUACCACUGCCACCACCACAGCUGCUAAUAACAACAGCAGCGCCAGCAGUGGCAGUUGGCUAGGGAUGUCGGGGUGGGGCUUCGGCAGGAAGACACCGGCAACUCAGCCCGCCUCAAAAGCUGCGGAUACCGGCACCAGCAGCGCCAACAACAAGGCUGGAGACGGUAAGGAAAGCACCGGUGCCAGCAGCAGCAACAGCGCUGCAGCAGCUGCGGCGGUUGCCAAGAAGUCCCGCAAGAUCUCGGGUCGCUGCUGGAUGGCGGAGGAGUUCCCGAUCCGCUUGAGCCAGCUGCUGCCGGUGCUGCAGGUGGUGGGUACGGCAAACAAGGUGAUCGCCAAGGUGGAGAAGUUUAUGCGAAAGUACGGCGAUCUGGACAUGUUCCCAGUGAAGGUCCAGGUGCCGCUGGUGCUGACGGUGUACGUGCUGCUCAGCUUCAAGCAGUUCCGGCUGCUGGGCGACCCGCGGCAGCAGCCGGGGGCGCAGCAGCCGCCGGGGGACGACUUCUUCGAGGUGCCGCCGGGGUACACGCAGGGCACCCUGGAAGACCACGAGCUCUUCGCGCCGUGCGGCAGCUCAGCCGAGGGCGCUCGCAGCGGUUCCGCCGGCGCCACUGCCGGCAGUGGCACUGGCGGCGACAAGGGCGGCGGUGUUGGCUGUGGUGGUGAGCCGUCGUCGGGCGCUCGUGAGCAAGGUGGAGGCGGCGGCGGGGCGGGAGCACCACGCAAGCUGACGCUGCUGAGGGGCACUGUAAUGGAAGAUGAGAUGGGUUUGGGGGAUGACAUGGGGGACCUGGGUAUUGGGAACUAGGAAGGGAGGGGAGUGGAUGUGUGGAGGUUUGGGAGUCGGAAGGGGUGUGGUAGAUUGUGGCAGUGGGGAGCGUGUGUAGAAAUAAAUGGCCGCGUGUGUAUGUAUUCCUCAUGUGGGUGUACGGACAAACAACUGAUGGAAAAGGACUACAAUGAAGAAGAAUUGAGGACACGAAUGUUACAUAAAGCUGUACGCGUGACUGUGUUGGCCUGAGUGUUCGGGGGGAGCGACCUAACUGACACAUACGCCUUACCUAGGGUGGGUGUGUGCGGGGGAUGCACACAGAUGCGAGGGUGGGAGAGAGUGGUGAGGGACUGAGGUCGUUGUACUGCAGGCAGGAUGUACGGCAGGUUGUACGGAACAUGUUUACAUGUGCGCCUCUUGGAAAUAUUGCACGCGUUCGUGUGUCUUCGGCCAGCCCUGAGGAGUCUGGUGCCAAGCUCGUGUCAUACAACCCCAGUGCCAAACAACCCCGCCCCGCGCUGCUCAAGCGGAGGUGGUUGGGCGGUUGAUGGGGGGCUCGCGCCCGCAUGGCCAACUCCUUGUCGCUCGCGGCGGCUGCUUGUGGUAGGGCGCACUGUGUUUCGCACAUACUGUAGUGUAGCAUGGCUACAGUAUAAGAGAUUAAGAGUCCUAAAGGGAAACCUCACGACAUCUCGAGUGGCCUUUUAGUACCUACAAAGCAUCUGUACUGGUCGGGCGUGCGAUGAGGCUUGCCUAGGACUCAGGUUUGAGUGGUAGGGUCACGCUAACAAUGGUAGGGCGGGUGAAGUUCGUCAGCGGGAUUUGCCGUACAGUAGUGGCAGGCCAAAGCGGGUGCAACGGUGCGGAUGUUGAAGGGCCGGCAGGGACGUGGACGGAGCGAGCGGAGGGGGCAGGGACGCGCCCUGGUACCACUUCAGACUUGCUGAGCUGCCGCCGCUAGAGGUGUUACUGGUACUGCUUUGAUGGCCUCCCAGGACACAGCUCGAGGGUACCGUAUACAUGUACAACCUAGCGGGCAUGCUGCCAUCUGCAGUAACAUUGCGUUUUGAGCCAAAAUGGUUUGUGGUAAUAGGCCACGGGCACCGCGUGUGGCGUGCACGUGUAACCAGUG